AUGGCGCCAUCUAUCGUCCUUCAGCGCUCCUCUAGCAUCGGGAACUCCUCUGCGUUCCGCGUUGAUAGCGCUAGGAACACGGCAUGCAGGUGCGGCACUCGCAACGGUAGCCCCGGCUUUAGUCACAGGCGACGCAGCUUUACUGCAGCCACCGCCAGCAUCAGCGUCAAUUCCAGCGGCAGCAGCAGCAGUAACUACGGGUUUCUGGGAUCGGGCCCCUCGUUUCGUGCGUCGUCUCGCCGUAGCCUCUCGGACCUCGCCUUCUUGGCAAAUAACCGUCACCAUGAAAACGUUAACGGCAACUCGCGGGGUCCGUGCGUGAGCUGCGCGGCGUUUAACGACGAAGCUGGUCAUGAGCAUCACAUUGAACGCCACGUGGCAGCGAACCAGCUGCGCCAGGUGGAGAGCCAGCCUGGGGCUCAGCUAGCCACGCCAGUCGAGACGGAGGCAGCAGAGGCUGUGCGUGGUGCCAGCGUCGCCGCGUUGUCUGAGGUUAGCGGUUUCGCAGCGCCGGCGUCGCUUUCGCAGGCGCUACUAUCGCGCUCCGCAACUCGUACCAUCGCCUCUGUGGGCGCGUCGGCCAUGACUGCUGCUCGUCUCCGCCCGUCGACCCUGCUCCGAAGCAAGGGUGGCGUCGUCAUGGCCGUCGCACUGGCUGUCGCAGGCAUCGUGACGAUGAUCAAGUCGCACGACCACCAGCACCAGCUAGAGUACGACGGCGAGGGCGAGGGCGAGGUGUGCGACGAGUGCGGCGGGUACGGGCUGUGCUGCUGCACCCUGUGCGACGGAACGGGAGCUAUUCGCUGGGAGGGCAAGUACGACCGCAAGGACCCGUGCCCCGCGUGUGUUGGGGAGGGGUGCUCCAAGUGCCCGAAAUGCGGCUCGUCGCGCAGGAACAAGGCCGUUCCGCCCAUCGUGCUGGAGCGUCGCGUGUUCUAG